AUGAGUGCUCUGAAUAGGACCAUUUCCUUGAACAAAACCUCUUCCUUCAAUCGAAGGUCCCUCGCCGUUGCAAGUCCCAGACCCAAUCAUAAUAGCACUAACAACAACCGCUUCGGAUGUGUCUCUCUCAGGUUCCAGGUUCUUGUCAUCAUUGCCUCUGUCCUCUCCUUCUUUGUAGCCGUAGGUGGCUACAUGUACGUCCUUCCAAGCCUUAGCUACGCCCUUUCCAAUGUCCAAGUUCUCUCAUCCGAGCACAACAACGGAUCAGUGAGAGAUUGUGACGUCUUUGAUGGAAGAUGGGUGCAGGUUCAAGAUCACCCCUUGUACAAUGCCACAGAGUGCCCUUUUGUGGAACGGGGAUUCGACUGUUUAGGGAAUGGGAGGAGUGACAGGGAUUAUCUUGGAUGGAGGUGGAAGCCGAGGAGUUGUGAGAUUCCGAGGUUUGAUGUGCGUGGUGUGUUAGAAAUGUUGAGAAGCAAAAGGGUUGUUUUUGUUGGGGAUUCAAUGACUAGGACUCAGUGGGAGUCUCUGAUUUGUAUGCUCAUGGCUGGGGUUGAAGAUAAGAGGGGUGUUUAUGAAGUGAACCAGAAUCAGAUAACAAAGAAGAUCAGGUUCUUAGGGGUUCGGUUCAGUGCCUUCAAUUUCACCAUUGAGUUUUAUCGCUCAGUUUUCCUGGUGCAGCAGGGUAGGAUGCCUAGACAUGCACCAAAAAGGGUAAAAUCCACACUCUUACUGGACAAGUUGGAUGAUAUAAGUGACCAGUGGGUGAAUUCAGAUAUUCUGAUAUUCAAUACUGGGCAUUGGUGGGUGCCAUCUAAGCUUUUUGAUAUGGGCUGCUAUUUCCAGGUUGGAAGCUCUUUGAAACUUGGGAUGACAAUUCCUGCUGCCUUUAGAAUAGCACUUGAAACUUGGGCAUCAUGGGUUGAGAGAGAGAUAAAUAAAAAUAGAACACGCAUCUUCUUUAGGACUUUUGAGCCAUCUCACUGGAGUGAUCUUACCCGUAGGAUUUGCAAUGUGACUCAGCACCCAACAUUAGAAACUGAUGGAAGGGAUCAAAGCUUGUUUUCAGAUACAAUUUUAGAAGUUGUAAAGAAUUUUAAUAUUCCUAUAAAUGUUCUCCAUGUUACCUCUAUGUCUGCUUUCCGGAGUGAUGCACAUGUUGGUAAUUGGACUGAAAAUCCAUCUAUUCAAGAUUGUAGCCAUUGGUGUCUUCCUGGAGUACCUGAUAUGUGGAAUGAAAUUAUUCUGUCCCAACUUUUUACUGAAUCUGAAAUUCCUUUUCAGCUAAUUGAAUCACUCGGUAAGUUCAGUUAA